UAAUGGAUGAUAUGGAUGAUCCUCCAGAGACAGAUUGGCAGACAGGAAAAGCCCUUCCAGAACGCUUGGUGUACAUGCUCACGAAUGAGGUGUUAGCUGAUGUUAAUUUUAUCGUAGGUUCUGACAAUAUAAAGGUUAAAGCCCACAAAAACAUUGUAGCAAGUGCUAGUCCUGUAUUUUUUGCCAUGUUUGCUGGUCCAUUGGCAGAACAGUCUGAAGUACCUGUUCCAGAUAUAGAGGUGGAUAUAUUUAAACAAAUGUUGAGGCUAAUUUAUGCUGACAAGUUUUCCCUGAAUGAAGAAAACGUUUAUGGACUCCUUUAUUGUGCGGAUAAAUAUCUCAUUCAAAGCAUGAAAAAUGCUUGUGUCAGGUUCCUUCAUUCCAUAAUAGAUUUAAACCGUGUAUGGAAUGUGCUGCAAACAUCAAUUGAUUUCACCCUCGACGAUCUAAAAAUAGAAUGUCUGCAAUACAUUUCAAGGGAUACAGUUAGAUGCUUAGGAUCAAGUCAGUUCCAAAGCCUUGCCAAAGAGUGUUUUUCAGAGGUAAUACGAUACGAAAGACUGUCAUGUAAAGAGGAGCUUGUAUAUGAAUGUAGUAUAAAUUGGGCUGCAAAUCAGUGCCGAAAACAGAAUAUUCCGGAAAAUGAUGAAAAUAUAAGAUCCGUUUUGGGAGACGUGAUUUUUGCCAUUAGAUUUCCACUUAUGGAUGUGGAAUACUUUGCUAAGAAUAUCACGGUCAAAAACAUUCUUUCUAAAGAUGAGCUACUAUCAGUGUUCCAGUCCAUACAUACUAAAUCUGAAGGUUUUUUUUCUUCCGAAAAGCGAAAACAAACCAUGCGCCUUCUCCGAAAUAUCAGCCAUGCUGAUGGCUCUGUAGAAAUGAUUCAGCAGUAUAUGGAUAAUGCUGAACAACUUUUUGCAGCAACGGAUAUUUAUUGUAAAACAUUAGAUAUCAAUCUCCAUGGAGUUAUUGUCUUUGUUCCGCCAUCGAGAACUAUUCAGACAAAAAUAAGUUUGAGACUAAAGAGGUCACAAGAUGACAUUGACAUAGAUUACUUACAUUAUAGACCAAGGGGCUAUCAAGAAUACGGAGAUAACAUAAUGAGUAUUGAGGGAGACAAUCUAUCCUUUGUAGAGAACUUUUCGAUAGCCCAAGACCUUGAUACACACAAUGUCCCACUAGAAAGACAGUGUAGACUCAGGAGAAAUGUCUGGUAUACCAUAGAAGCAACGAUCACCUUUAAUAAGGCUCCACCACAAUGGGGAAACUUCUCCAAUCGAAAUAGAAUUAAGAACAGUAUUAACAGAAUCAGUCCAGCAUACACAAGCGACACCUGUCGGGUAGAAAAUGUGACAAUAGGUAAUACUAGUGUAGUCUUCAGACAUAUCAUUGGCAGAGAUCCUGGACAUCCUUUGAUUCAUACACUGAUUUCUGGUUUGAUGGUCAGUGAGGUUUGACUUUUUUAUUAAGACUUGGUCAACCUGAACUUCGAAGUUGACGAUUGGUUAAACGGAUUUUCUGGGGGGGGGGGGGGGGGGGGUCAUUUUGUUACCUGCUUUAUGAUUUGAUUGGCUAAAAACAACUUAUGUUACUCCUUUAAUAGACCUUGAUCAAACAAAAAAUAAUGUUUUUGUUCUAUGUACACACCCAAAUACAUAUGCUAUUACUUUUUAAACAUUGUCUAUGAAGUUCGAAUAAAUACGUAACAAAUAAA